ACAUAACGUAAUAAAGAGAGAGAGGGGAGCAUAAGCGCAUUAGAUACGUAACGAUCCACAUAAGACCCGUACUUCACUUUGAUUCUCUCAAUCUCUCUUCAUUUUCUUUUAUUUAUUAUUUUCUUGUGUGAAUUUUGAUCGAAUAAGAAAUGAAGCUUGAGUAUUUGGAUUACAUACUGGUGCCACUAGGGAUGGGUUUGAUGGUAUUCUAUCAUCUCUGGCUUCUCCAUCGCAUUAUCCACCGUCCAUCGUCCACCGUGGUUGGCCUCAACGCCUUCAACCGCCGCCUCUGGGUCCAAGCCAUGAUGGAGGAUUCCUCAAAGAACGGCGUUUUAGCGGUUCAAACGUUAAGAAACAACAUAAUGGCGUCAACUCUAUUGGCAUCAACCGCGAUAAUGUUGUGUUCACUAAUCGCGGUACUGAUGACCAGCGGUACAGGAGAACGAUCGGUCUGGUUUGUGUUUGGAGACAAAAGCGAUAAAGCCUUCUCGAUCAAGUUUUUCUCAAUCCUCGUUUGCUUUUUAGUGGCGUUUCUUCUCAAUGUCCAAUCAAUACGUUAUUACAGCCAUGCAAGCAUCCUCAUCAAUGUCCCUUUCAAACAACUCAUGGCUGCUUCUGCGGGUGGUCAUAAUCGUGGUAGUCUAAUGAUAAAUCAAGACUAUGUGGCUGCAACGGUUAACCGUGGGAGCUACUUUUGGUCCUUAGGACUAAGAGCGUUCUACUUCUCAUCGCCUUUGUUCCUAUGGAUCUUUGGUCCCAUCCCGAUGUUCAUAACUUGUUGCGUUCUUGUUUCUUUGUUGUACUUGCUUGAUUUAACAUUCGACUCGAUGGAUUGUAGCGUUGGGGUUGCAGACGUGGAGGAGACUGAGAGUAGAAGCUUAGCUGACAAUGUGUAGUAAGUAGUCGAGAGACUGAGAGUUAUGUUUAGUGGUGGUUUUAUAAAGUUGUAACGAAUCAGGUUCAAUGGUUGUUGAACCGUCUCAACGAGUUAUUCUGUUGCUCAGUGAAUAAAACGUUAUCAUCUCCAAGACUCUAAUGUGAGAUAUAUAAUCUAAUUAACCGUUAUUAAAUUGUUAAUAUGGUAAAGUGUUGCGUGUGAGUUUUUCUUCUUUUGUCGGAAGCAUAUUCCCAAUACUUUUACCGAGUACUAUGAGGUCAUAUUUUAUUUGUUU